UAAAAAAAAAAUAAUAAUAAUAAAUAAAAAUGUAUAGAAAUUGUUUUAGAGAUGAAAUAAAAGAAGAAUUGUUUGAAGAUUUUAAAAGAAUACGAAAAAACAAUUUUGACGCUGAGAUUAAAUUAAAUGAAUUGAUAACUUGGCUACGAACGACACCAAAAGUAACGACGAUAAGAAUAAAUACACUGACAAGUAGCGCAGAAAAAACAAUAAAAAGUUUGAUGAAAAAAAAAAAAUUAUCUAUUACUCAGUACCCAAAAUUACCAGAAUUACUAUCAGUAACCAAAGACCAAGACCUGGUGCAAACUGGAAUUAUUAAUGGCCUAAAAGAAGCCGUCGUCGAUGCAAGUUGCGGCGCUGCUGUGCUACGAGGAGCCCACGUUUUUGCUCCAGGGGUAAUGGGACUCGUCUACGCGAAUCUAGACGAGCAGGUCAAUGUCUUCGCAGACGUCACUGGCCACUGCAAAAAAGGUCUGUCAAAAAUUUACGAUUGUCCUUCAAAAAUAUUCAUAGGCUGCGGACUGCUCAAGCAGACUCGCGGUGAAAUUUUCCGUGACAACAGCAGCGGGCUUGCUAUUUAUUUAAAAAAAACAACAUCCGGACUACCACAGCUCAGUAACGAUGAUCUAGAAGACGGUUUGCUGCAGAACCUGCCUUCGAUAAUUUGCUCCAGGAUUCUAGACCCGCGUCCCGGGGACCUGGUGCUCGAUAUGUGCGCGGCACCCGGUAAUAAAACGACUCAUAUUUCUGCUCUGAUGAAUAACGUCGCGGGAUUGAUUGCUAUCGACAAAAUCCAAUCGAAGGUCGAUAAAUUACGAGCUAAUUGUCGCGCUUCUGGAUCCAAUGUAAAGAUUUUUUGUUUCAAUUCAAUAAACGCCGUCGAUGACGCUGCUGAUAAGACGAGAGAUUUUUGUAAAAUUGAGCCGCCGUUUGCUCCAGAAACUUUUGAUAAAAUUUUGCUGGACGGUCCUUGCAGUGCUCUAGGUCAACGACCUCAGCUAUUCAAUAAGAUAACAGUCAAACAGUUGCGAUCUUUCGUCGCUUUACAACGUAAAUUAUUUAGCACAGCUGUGGAACUUUUGAAACCUGGUGGCACGUUGGUCUACUCCACAUGCACGGUAACAGUCGCCGAGAACGAAGGAAUAGUCGCUUGGGCGCUCAACAAUUUUCCUUCUUUAAAAUUAUCUUCAGCGCGUAAAAUUUACGAGUCGUUUGACCUAGAAGGCUUUCCUGGAUCCACUGGCUAUGAUGUAGAUAACUUAUCAAGCGAAGAAUCUAGUUAUCUAUUGCGAUUCGGACCGGAGAGCGAUACCAUUGGAUUUUUUAUCGCGCUGUUCAUAAAAAAUCAAGAGGUUUGAUA